AUGUCGGAUCAAACUACAGUCUUGAAUAUACCAGAUGCAAAUACUAGGCCAGCACUAAUGGGCGUAGGUAAGUUGGAUAAGCGAGGUAAUGGAGUUAGUAUUGGGUAUGGUCAAAAUUCCAGUAAAAUUACUGAUACGCGAGAUGAAUUUAAUGAUAGUAAUGAUGAAAUGGAGGAUGAUGAUCGGGUUUUGUUGAUCCCAAAGGAAAAGCCUUCCAGCGGCCGAAAGGACAAUCUAAAACACCGAGUCUUUGUCGGAACCUCUUCUGUGUUCUAUGUGCUUCAAACGGGUGUUUUACUGGCCUUGAUUGUGCUGGGUGGGGUUGGUCUAUGGCUGAGCCAGAACCAGGCGGAACGAGCAAUACACGGACUGGUUUUAGGAAGUACAGUAACUGGGCUUAUUAUUUGGCUGCUUUCUUACUUCCCUAGACACGAGCUUAGGUCUUAUUUGCGGUUCUUUUUCAGUUGUAAGUACCACAACUUAGCAAUGCUCAAUGGAGCUAUUUCUUCGCUUUUACUAGCUAGUCUUUGUCUAUACAUUACACUGUUUAUCACCACUCGGCCGCAAAUGACUGUGUACCUGUUCGAGUAUUUAAUCUGGGGUGUUUAUAUUCUGUUGAUUGGUGGUAUUGUUUCUUUGGGGUAUCGCAGUCGAAAGACUUUCAAUUACAAGGAAACACAGAAACAGCAAAUCCAAAGAAGUCAGCACUGUUUAGUAGGUAGCAUCACUUUCUUUGUCCUAUUCAUUCUCUUUGCUUUCUUCCAUCUGGCCUACUGCUUUUCUGACAAUGGCCAAUUGAGAACUUUAGUCAUGUACUUCCUCUAA